GUUUGACAUUAUUUUCAGAUUAUUUUUUAUUCCGCGUUGCAUUCGUUUACUAUUUUCAUUUGUGGACAUUUCGGAUUUUCUAAUGUGUGUUGCAUUUAUAAAAUUGACAAAAUAAUUUAUUUAGCUUUCAAGUAUUAAAUAUAUUCACUCUGAAGACAAAUAGAGGUGCACAUAAUUAUGGCGCCGACUAUAAUUAAUACAACAUCGAAUGCGGACAAGCGGCCUGUCAGGGCAACCGAACGAAAGUCGGAGUUGAUUUGUCGUGUUAAAUACGGCAACAGUCUGCCAGAUAUACCUUUUGACUUGAAAUUUCUUCAGUAUCCAUUUGACACGAACCGCUUUGUGCAAUACAAUCCCACAUCUUUGGAACGCAACUACAAAUAUGAAGUGCUUACCGAACAUGAUUUAGGUGUAACUAUCGACUUAAUCAAUCGAGAUUUAUAUCAAGCUGACCCAUAUGCUCAACUUGACCCCGCUGAUGAAAAGCUGUUAGAAGAAGAUGUGCACACUCCACAUGACUCAAUGCGCUCACGCCAGCAUUCACGUAGUGUGUCUUGGUUGCGUAAAUCUGAAUAUAUUUCAACAGAACAAACGCGCUUCCAGCCGCAGAACCUUGAGAAUAUCGAAGCCAAGGUUGGUUAUAAUGUUAAAAAAUCGCUACGAGAAGAAACUCUUUAUCUAGAUCGCGAUGCACAAAUUAAGGCUAUAGAGAAAACAUUUAGUGACUCUAAACAAGAAAUUACUAAGCAUUACUCUAAACCAAAUGUGGUGCCUGUCGAAAUUAUGCCUGUUUAUCCAGAUUACAAAAAUUGGAAGUAUCCAUGUGCCCAAGUUAUUUUCGAUAGUGAUCCUGCACCUGCUGGCAAGAACGUACCAGCACAGUUGGAAGAAAUGUCUCAGGCCAUGAUUCGCGGUGUGAUGGAUGAAAGCGGUGAACAAUUCGUUGCAUACUUUUUACCUACUGAAGAAACUUUGGAAAAGAGACGCAAUGAUUUUGCCGAAAGUAUUUUAUACAAAGAUGACGAAGAUUAUGAAUACAAAAUUGCACGUGAAUAUAAUUGGAACGUCAAAAGCAAAGCUUCCAAAGGCUAUGAGGAAAACUACUUUUUUGUUGUACGUCAAGAUGGUGUAUAUUAUAAUGAAUUGGAAACACGUGUGCGCCUGAAUAAGAGACGUGUCAAAACCGGACAGCAACCAAGCAAUACUAAACUGGUUGUUAAGCACCGCCCACUAGAUGCCAAUGAACAUCGCAUGCAACGCUACCGUGAAAGGCAGCUUGAACCAGCAGGAGAUGAGGAAGACGAAGAAAUGGAGGAAGAUGAAGAGGAAGAGCAAGAAGAGGUCGUGCAAACUACUCAAGCUACCAGCGAAAGUAACACUAAUAAAAACGCUGAAAUUGGCGGUGAGGAUGAAUCUGAUCACGACAACGCUGAAGCUGCUCAAAAAGCCAAAGAUCGGCAGUCACGCUCGCGUUCCAAAUCACAUGUAAAAUCAAAAUCUCGUUCACGUUCACAUUCUAGUUCUGGUUCGGGCUCUAGGUCUGGUUCGGGAUCGCGUGCAUCUAGGUCACGUUCUCGCUCUAAAUCUGGUAGCCGUAGUCGCAGUGGCUCACAAUCCACUGCACAUUCGCGUUCACGAUCACGUUCCGGCUCUAAAUCCCCAUCACGUUCUCGGUCUGCAACACCUGCUGGUUCUAAUAAAUCGCGCUCACGAUCAGGGUCGCGAAACUCACGUUCGCCAUCACGCUCAGUUAGUCGAUCUAGAUCACGCUCGCGUUCACCUUCCGGCUCUCGAUCGCGUUCACGUUCACCAUCCAAAACACCAGCUCGCUCACGUUCGCGUUCCCAUUCAGGCUCACGUUCUCGCAGUGCAUCUGGCUCACGUUCUGGAUCAGCAUCGGGCUCACCUUCACGAUCGGGUAGCGCUACACCAAGUGGCUCGGGAAGUGGAUCUGGCAGCGGUUCCGAAGCUGAGGAGUGAAUAAUUUCUUUCGAAAAAGGACAAUGUAAGAACGAACAUUUUUUGUUUGUUUUGAGGUACUAAUUUGUAAAUAAAUUAUGCCAUUUAA